AUGAUCGUUAGUGAAGUGUUUGCGAUUAAUUUUUUGUUGAUAUGUUUAUCAAUAGCUUCUGUAUUUUCAGUUCAAAUUCCGAAACAAUUACUAAAUGAAACCCCCAAACAAACACAGUUGAAAGUUGUCAAAGCAUUAGUUCACCGGACACUGCAGGAAAAAGAAUCACUAUUCGAAAUCGGUAUUAAUACAAAUUUGGAAUUUCGCAGUUUUCAGAUAUUUAAAACUACAACCAAUAAAAUUUCCAUUGUUGGAUACGAUGGAAUAUCUGCAGCUAAAGGAUUUCAUCACUACCUGAAGUACUAUCUUCAUAGAAGUAUUUAUUGGUACAACAAGCCUAUAUAUAUUGAAGAUGACAUCUAUUUGCCUUAUGUUAAUAUAACAUCAAAAUCUUUUAGUGAUGUUAUUUAUUAUCAAAAUGUCUGCACAUGGGGUUACAGUUUCAUAUGGUGGAACUGGUCAAAAUGGGUUGAGCACAUUGAUUGGAUGGCUAUGAUGGGAAUAGGUCUUACUAUAGCACCCAUACAAGAGCAAAUAUGGUAUGAAACCUAUUUAGAAUUGGGUUUAACGGAAGAUGAAAUAAAUUUGCAUAUGUCAGGUCCUGCAUUUUUACCAUGGUUACGCAUGGGAAAUCUUCGUGGAUGGGGUGGUCCUUUAGGACCAAUGUACAGAAGAAUGCAAAUGGCUUUGCAACAAAAAAUUAUUCAGCAACAAAGAAAGUUUGGAAUGAUUGUUGCAUUACCUUCUUUUUCUGGACAUUUGCCUGUUGCAAUGAAAAGCAUAUAUCCAACAACAAACUUUUCUAUUAUCGAUCGUUGGAAUAAAUUUCCCAACUCCUUUUGUUGUGGACUUUUCCUGGAUCCAAACGACCCUUUAUUCCAAAAUAUAACUAAUGUAUUUUUAAAAAAAGUAAUAAACAACUACGGCACUGAUCACAUUUACUUUGCAGAUCCAUUCAAUGAAAUACAGCCAAGAAUCGCCGAUCCUUCAUAUCUGAAUAUGACGGCUUAUCAUAUAUUUCAUUCAAUGCGUACGGUUGAUAGUGAAGCGCUUUGGUUGAUGCAAGGUUGGCUGUUUGUCAAGAAUAUAUUUUGGUCCGACAGAUUAAUUAGAGCAUUCCUUACGGCUGUACCUAUUGGUGGACUUUUAGUAUUAGACUUACAAAGUGAGCAAUUUCCGCAAUACGAAAGAACGCAUUUCUUUUAUGGCCACCCUUUUAUUUGGUGUAUGCUUCACAACUUUGGAGGAACUUUAGGAAUGCAUGGUUCAGUCAACGUUAUCAAUAGAGGAAUAAGAAUGGCACGCUCAAACAGUACCAUGAUUGGAGUUGGAAUUACACCGGAAGGUAUUAACCAAAACUACGUAAUGUAUGCCUUGACAUUGGAGCGUGCAUGGUUUAAAGAUGAUUUCAAUUUGACUAUGUGGUUUAACACAUAUUCGGAUGUGCAAUAUGGAGUUGUGAAUGUUGAACUACGCGAUGCCUGGCAAUUACUGAGGAAAUCAGUAUACUCUUAUUAUGGCUUUAAAAAAAUGCGGGGUAAAUAUGCGAUUGCACGACGACCAUCCACCCGUCUAAAGGUUUGGACAUGGUACAAUUCUUCCGAUAUUUAUGAAUCCUGGUUUAAAUUACUUCAGUCGAAUGCAACUAUUCCAUAUACUCAUUAUAAUUUAUAUAGAAACGACCUCGUCGAUAUUACAAGACAAUUUUUACAACUAACUACAGAUCGUGUAUAUGUCAACAUAAUGCAGUCAUUUAAACAAAAACAAAAAGAACGUUUUAUGAAACUUUACCAAAUAAUUAUAAAUAUGUUAGAUGAUAUGGACUCAAUACUGUCUACACACGAAAACUAUCUCUUGGGGCCUUGGCUAGAAAGUGCAAAGAAUUGGGGAACUACACCACAAGAAAGAGAACAGUUUGAAUUUAACGCAAGAAAUCAAAUAACUAUUUGGGGUCCCUCAGGGCAAAUAGUAGAUUAUGCUACUAAACAAUGGUCUGGCAUAGUCCGAGAUUAUUUCAAACCUCGAUGGCAACUUUUUUUAAAUCAGUUAAACAUUAGUUUAAAUACCAACACCUCAUUUAAUAACACAGUUUUCAAUAUGAAAGUUUUGACACAAGUAGAGAAACCAUUUAACUUCUACAAAAAAAGGUAUCCCACGCUUCCUCAUGGUAACACAUACAAAGUAUCAAAACGUAUUUUUACUAUGUGGUCUGAAUUUUUCUCAAACGAAAGCUAUAUGAACUAUUUGUUGCCUGAAGAUCUUAAACGAAUAUAGCACGAAUUUCGAUUUUACACAACAGAUUUUUCCAAAAAAAAAAUUUCUGGAAAAAAAAUAGAUUUUUUGGUUUAUGAAACAUUUGCCUGUUUUUAUAUUUUAUUUAUUUACCUUUAAGAACUGUUUUUAAAUGAAAUAAUAACUGAAUCUAAUAAAAACCGAAUUUGAAAAUA